AUGGCGCCGGGUGGUCAAUUUCGACCAAGAGAGACUCGACGGCCUGAUUCGCACCGCUGUGCCUCGACUCGCUACCAAGGCGUGGUGGAGGUCAGCUUUCCUUUGACCUUUGCAGAGGUCGUUGUCCGGCACGGAGCCGAGCCCAACGCUUCCUUCAAAGACCUCUUAUAUUGGAGUAUGGAGAUACCUCCGAAGAAAGAUCCGGCCAAGCGCUACGAGUGCGUCGAGGUGAUCUGGCCAUUUGCGAAUGUUCCGGCCAAUGAGGCUGGUCGCCGGUGUGCCGUCCAGGAUGAGCAAGACUGGUGGGCCAGCUGGAAAGACGCCGUACGAAAUGCUGUGUUUUCGCGAAAGACGGGCUAUGUGACGUUCGAGGACCGCAUGGACGUGGCCAUGGGGGUGGUCGUACCUGAAUCCGGCAAGGAUUGGGGUGUAUCCAAGUAG